AUGAACGCGGCCGGCUUCCCCUGCCUGCGAGGCAUGUGCACGCUGCCGGCGCCCAGCCCCGCCGCCGCGGCCAGCCCCGGCUCCCCCGGGCCGCCCCGGGGGUCUCCGCAGGCGCCGCCGGUGAAGCCGGAGCCGCGGGGCGGAGGGGGCAGCCCUGCCCCGCCGCCGCCGCCCCCCGAGGAGCCGCCGCCCCCCGUCGGGGGCCGCCGGAGGAAGCGGCCGGUGCAGCGGGGCAAACCCCCGUACUCCUACAUCGCCCUCAUCGCCAUGGCCAUCGCCAACGCCGCCGAGAGGAAGCUCACCUUGGGGGGCAUCUACAAGUUCAUCACCGAGCGCUUCCCCUUCUACCGGGAGAACCCAAAGAAGUGGCAGAACAGCAUCCGCCACAACCUCACCCUCAACGACUGCUUCGUCAAGAUCCCCCGGGAGCCCGGACAUCCCGGCAAGGGCAACUACUGGACACUGGACCCGGCUGCAGAGGACAUGUUUGACAACGGGAGCUUCCUGCGCCGGAGGAAGCGCUUCAAGCGCACCGACAUCACCACCUACCCCGGCUACAUGCAGAACUCCAGCGCCUUCACGCCCCCGCCCGCCGGCCGCCCCGCAGCACCGGCAGCACCCUACCCCAAUGCCCUCUGCUCGCCUGGCUACGGCCCCCAGCUCUCCAGCACUGUCUUCCACCCCUAUGCAGCCGGGGCAGCACCGCCGGCACAGCAUCCCAGGAUGUUCAGCAUCGACAGUCUCAUCAGCGGGCAGCAGGCCCUGCAGCCCUCACCGCCCUCCGAGCUGGGCCACCCAUCCCUGGGUUUGCCUGGAGCUGAGUUGGCUCCCGCCUGCUCCGCCAGCAGCUCCGAGCCUUCCUGCUUCCAGGCACAGCCCGUCAGCCCCGGCUUGUUGGGCCGGGCUGGCCCCAACACCCUGGCUUACCCCUAUGCCGCCUCGCCCCCUCACCUGCCCGUGGCGCAGGGCAGCUACUCGCCCAGCAGUCCGCAGCUCUACGGGGCUCCCAACAGACUGGCCCUGCCGGCCAUGCGGCCUCCGGCCUGUGCCGAGCACGGCGAGCAGCUCCUGGGGCUCUCGGCGUCGCCCCUCGGCCAGUUCGGCUCCAGCAACACCUACAUGAGGCAGCCCAACUUCCCUGCUGGCCUGGAGCGGUACAUGUGAUGGGCUUGAGGGGGCUUGGCUGGACAUCCCCAGGCUCCCAGGAGCAUCUCUGGACAAGUGGACUUCUCCCUGCUGUGGGGGCCGGCUGGGGUAGAGUCAGGGCUCCCUGGCCUCUGGCUGUGUG